AUUGUUUUUAUUGUUGUUUUUUGCACAUUUAAGUCUAGAAUACCACUAUUCCACGACCACAACGAGUACCCUAUUUUGGACAUGAGAACAUCACUCAGAGACAGGAUGAGAAUGUAUAAUCGCACGGUGAAGCGGACCAUAUCUAUAUGUUUACUGUACGCAUGCAGCCUAUUCGUGUUCAAUUCAUGGAACUCCCAUUAUAGGAAGAUAGACAAUGCAGGUGAAAGACAAGCCCGGGUCUCUGUGCCAGACGAAAGAUUGACGUUUAGUAGAGAGGAAUUUAGUCUGAAUUUGAAGCCAAUGUCUCCAAUCGGGAUUGAUAACAUGACCUACGAUAACGUGAAUGAUUUCCCUUGUACUCAGAAAGAGAUGUCUAACUUCACUGUGGACCAGACAGAUGACAUCAUGUGCUAUUCAAGGCCAAACUAUAUAGAGGCACAUCUCAACCCGUGUUUCAUGGAAGAAGAUUCACCUGAGAAUCCAAAACGAGUCUUUAAGUGUUUGCCGUACUUCCACGUCCUGGGUUUUGACAAAUGUGGGACAACAGACUUCCAUUCCAGGUUGUCACAACAUCCACAGAUUCUAAACAAUUGUGGCGCCUUAGGAAAAGAAACAUAUUUCUGGAGCUUGUUCAGGCCUGGUUUAAACCUGUUUACAAGAUUUCCCAAGCAGCAUUUAUGGGACUACAAGAAAUGUUUUCAAAACAUGGCCACCAAGAUUAAUUCUACCAUGGCGCAAACAAACCAAAAUUUAAUAACAGGGGAUGCAACUCCAAUGGAUGUUUGGGAUUUUCGUGGUUGGCCAGAAGAUCCUCAGAACAAAGGUCUCCAGGAGCCAAGAUUUCUAACUCCACACGCCAUGCGUCACAUUUAUAAAAACCCAAAGUUUUUUUUACUGGUCAGAAACCCUGUAGAUAGAUUAUACACCGACUACUUAUUUCUUGGCUACGGCUUCACAGCUAGACAGUUUGCAAAGGACGUGCCCAAAGCUGUGUCUAUGAUGACGAAUUGUCUCAAGUUACAAACAAUUCGCCAAUGUUUCUUUAGUGAAGAGAUGUUAAGAAAAUUACCAGUGAGGCUUCACGUCAGCUGUUACUCAGUCUUUCUAAGAGAGUGGUUCUCAGUCUUCAACAGAAAACAUUUCUUUAUUUUCCGUACUGAAGAUUACCAUAGCAACACAAAAGAGUACAUGAGACAAGCUUUUGAUUUCUUAAACGUUGCUCCCCUCUCAGAAGCUGAAAUUGAUAGAAUUGCAAACGAAAGUAUCAAACACGAGACACACAACAAGAAAACUGCUGGACCAAUGUUCCCAGAGACCAGAGCCAUUUUAGAAGAGUUUUUUGCCAGAUUUAACGAAGACCUGGCCGCUUUGUUAGACGACAACAAAUUUUUAUGGCGUAAUUAGAAAUGUCACACCAGGCGCAAUAUUAUUUCAAAAUCAAUUUUUUACUCUCUAAACUAAAUUUUAUAAUCUUACAAUAUU